CUCUUUUAGUUGUACAGUUCAGCAGCGUAACGUGAUGGUAUGCCGGACAAAUGGAUCCAGCUGUGACUGCCUGGUCAGAGUAGCGUGAACGUAGUCGGAUACGCGUGCGACACGAGCCAUAAUGACAUGUCACGUUAGGAAAAAGCCAGUCGGCAAGACAACGAAGAUGCGAUAAAGGGCAGAGAAAAUGAGGUUAGAUCAAGAGGAGGAGCUGUUGCAUCCGAAAAAAGCCGUUGCCAUAUCGACAGGAGGCUAUUGGUAGCCUCGUUUAUGUAUGUACUCGUGUUUCUAUAUCCAGUAAGUAGUGGCUGUGUGUACGGCUAGUACGACAACAACGACUGUCCACAUGUUCGAACACAUUGGCGACUUAUUGGAAAUCUAUAGAAGGUGGGAAGAAGCUUGUGACAAGAAGAGGAAAAACCAUUGAAUUAUUCAGUCAGUCUGCCCGUAUACGUAUAGACAGUAGGUUUCAUCUUGUGCAUCGCGGGUUCCGGAAUAAUGGACAUGGCUGGAAUUGGUAUUAGCAGAGUACUACACUCUCUACCGUUGUGUGUCGACUGGCAGAAAUAUAGCCCAGUUGACAUGGCCGACUUCAGCGGGACGGAAGUGGUGAGCGGCGCAGGAGUAACAUCACCGUGUUCAUCACCACAUCAUCACCUUCUUUCUCCUAGUAUUCCUUCGAGGAUGUCGUUAUUAUCACCAGCCGUGUCACAAUCUCAACAUACACUUUCCGCUUCUCACGAAGGAUCGGUCAUGUCCGGAAGAGCUCCACGAUUGCCGCCGAACGGCAGUUUCCGCAAAACAGGUCCAUCGGCGAAUAAGCCGCAAACAGAAGUGGUUUCGACAACCGUUCCUACGCUCGAUCCCGUCCAUCGCCAAAAGAUCAUGCAACUCCGCCUUCAAGCGGCAAAAGCAUCGAUGAAAAGACAGAGCUCUCUACGGCGAGAGAACAUUCAUCGGCUCGCGUUCUGGCUAUUGAGGACGACAUUGUGGCUAGCCGGAAUCUUCAGCUUGACUGUACUCAUUAUCGCUUUCCCGCUGGCUGUCGAUCCGGCCUUGGAAUCCAUUUGGAGGACGUUUGGUUCCAAACCAGUCAUCUGUCUCACUACUGACAUACAGAUUCAUCAUUCAAGGAAUCCCGAUGGUUCAGUUAAAGGCAACGAUGCUUGCACGUGGACGUCAUGUCGUCAAGGAUGUACAGGUGAGCUUUUUAGAUGCGUUCAGCUCUUUGCUAAUAUUAGCAGAUUGCCGUGGGAGGUACUUGAAUCGGCCAACACGAGCCGCUGGAUUCGAUUGGAUACACCUGAAAUGGAGCUGGCCAGUCGGUUGAAAAGAUCUACCAACUGGGCCGUCAGCUGGGCAACUCAAAAUAAACAUCUUUUCAACAAAAGUUCAUCCAAUCGAUCGGACAAUCCGCUGUUUGAAUUGCAGCGUGACCAUUCACGACGUCAGUACGUUCAGCUGAUGGAUGAACUUAGAAGCCAGCAGCUCGUUGAUGAAAGAAACAACACCGAUCUGCCGUCCUUGUUUGAAGCUGUCAAUGUCCGUCUUAUGGUCAACGUUCGCGGUUGCGGUUACACGGUCGACUGCGCCGAGUUUCAUCGAACUGCUGGCGUCAUUGGAUCGUUGAUACCUUGCCACUUGAGCAGCCGCGGUGAUGUGACAGUGGCCGUCAUAGACCACAACCCGGAACAGGAUCGAAAUAUUAUUCUUUUUCUGUUUACCGUACCAGCCAGUAUUUUUUGCUCGUCCGUCUUCCUCCUUUGCUGUAUCCAUUACCAGUGUUGCCGUCCUCAACUCGCAGGUCUCAUUGCCGACCGUUCGUCCGCCGAAUAUUCAGUUGCUCGACUCAUCAUCAACAGUGGCAUUCAAUUUCGGCCGAGUAGCAGCGAAGAAGCACAGACCACGGUGGCGCCAGUGGAGGAGACGGGUAACUCGGCAGUAGCUACCCAGCAACUGGAUCAUCAGCCCACAUAAUAAUAACUCAUAUUCUAUUUUUAGUCUUGCAUUAAAGCACCACCAUUUAGGAUUUUGACAUCUAGUCGUGUUACCCGUCAAACAAUAAUGUACAAAACUUCCUGCUGACGUAGAUGUCCAUUUUUUGCGUCCACAUUAUGGCUGCCAUGGCCUCUUCAUUACGUCAGCAUAGCCGUUUCAGGCUCACGCCCCUAGCUCAAUUAUUUGAACGGGCGGCGGCCGUAGCAAUUGUGGAAAGUAUUCUUGAAGGCCAAUUACAUGUUGAUCUAUUUGA